AUGGAAUUGAUUCGAAUGAGAUCAUCGGAUUGCAAAUCUGAUCAAUUGAUUCUCUCCUCCUUAGGGACGUUCCAGAUUGACAUCACUCUCUUUGAUUGCAUUCCUUGGAUGGAUCUCGCCACAUGUGUGAAAACAUCUGGAGGUUUUGGGCCUACUUCCUUGGGUCGGGCUUGGACGUCCAAGGACUUGGACUUAACAUCUAGUGAGACGUUGUGGGUUAUGGGGUCUCUAAUUUUGAUUGAACAUAAUCCGCCGAUGUUGGGUGACUUGGAAUUCCAAUGA